CUCUCAAUGCCAACUGAUCAGAUUAAAUUCAGAUUUGUAUUCUGCUUUUGAAGCUGAAACUGUUGCAACAAGAUGGCAUUAAUACCGCCGGUAACCCGACUCACAUCUUCCAUAAUACGCAUCCUGGGCUGCAAUCCCAGCCCCAUGACGCUGCAGGGUACAAACACUUAUCUCCUGGGCAAUGGUAAAAAACGUAUUCUAAUUGACACGGGCGACGAGAAUGUCCCUCAGUACAUUGAGCAUCUCAAUGGAGUACUCCGGCAAGAGCAGGCCUCCAUUGGCACCAUUAUACUGACCCACUGGCAUCACGAUCAUGUGGGUGGCGUCAAGGACAUUGUCGGCUCCAAGCUGGUGGAUAAAGUGCUGCCCCUCAAUCCAGAUUGUCAGGUAUAUAAAUAUAAGAGGACCGAUGACACUAAUCCCUGCCCCGAAAUCCCGUCGCAUAUUAAAAUCCACGAACUAGCCGAUAGCCAAGAGUUUGCCGUGGACGGGGCCAGUGUUCGUGUGGUACACACUCCGGGUCAUUCCACCGAUCAUGUAGUCCUGACCACAAACGAUGGCACCCUCUUCAGCGGUGACUGCAUAUUGGGUGAGGGCACAGCAGUCUUUGAGGAUCUCUUCCAUUACAUGAAGAGCUUGCAUAAAAUACUCGAUUUGCAGCCGCAGCGCAUCUAUCCCGGACACGGAAAUGUGAUUGAUGAGCCAGUUGGCAAGAUUGAAUACUACAUUCAGCAUCGCAAUCAGCGGGAACAGCAAAUAUUUGAGUUCUUCACGGAACGUCCCAAUGAGCGGUGGCAGGCAAUGGAUGUUGUUCGAGUGGUAUACAAAGAGACACCUGAGAAUCUUUGGCCAGCUGCCGCUUACAAUGUGGGCCACCAUCUGAGUAAAUUGCAAAAGGAGGGCAAACUCGUGCUGCUGGAUCAGGACGAACAAUACUUUGCCUAUCAACCAGGCAAGACCAGUUCGCUUUAGACUCGACUCUUCGAGUCUGGAGUCGCAAAUUUGUUUUUAAAUUGUUAUUAAAUAUGUCGAUUUUGUGUAUACACUAAAAAUUUGCGUAUAUUUUUGUUGUUUAUAUGUUUAUAAGAUUAAUUCAUUUUUAUUUUAUUCAUUUACAAAAUUUAUAACUAGCGUUUACCCCUGCCGCCACUCCUACUGCCCUUGCCCUUGCC